AGCACAACAGAACAACAAAACCAAAACCUUGUUGGAGAAUUCUUGUCGGCUGUUACUGUUAGGCCUCCACCCCGCCGUGGAGGAGUUGAGCUCGAUCGGGGCGUACCACAGAUGAGUAACCGUUGGUGUGAGGACUGUUGCCCAACUCAAGCCAAGUCGCAGUCAAGCCGAUUGCUCAAGCAGGCCUCCCGAACUUGUCGCCAACUCUCCACUUACGCUUCUUGGUCCUCUCCCAAGGUUACGCCCCGGCGGUCAACCAAACACUAAGGUAGUCGAAUUGAUUCCCUUCUUGCUGUGUCUCUUGGUUUUGGUCCCAAAGACUGCGUCGAACUGAUGUCUUAUAAUAAGAGCCCAGUCAUCAGUUGUAGAUGCCCCUGGUCUAGUCUCUUAUAUCCAUUCGGCUAGUUCUUCCGUUUCGUUCUGUCCUGUUUAAGAUACUUUCAAAUCGGCUUUACUUUUCUAACGAUUUCGUAACAUCAGUCUAUUUUUUUCCCCCCCUUCUCUUUGUUUUCUGUGUAUCGACCCUGUCCAAAUAACCGUCGAAAAACUCUUUCUAUUUUAACAUUUCUAACGAUUCGAUUUUAUAAACGGUUUUCUUUCUGUAUAUCCGAUAUAUCAAGAUGUCACCUUCAAUUAUUUCAAGAUGUUAUAACUAUUUUAACAAGGUCACCAGCGAGAUCCCUUACAUCACUUUCAGUGUCUCCUUUGGCUUGAUGGUCGACAUGGCCACUUAUGGGAUCAUGGUACCUGUCCUUCCCUUCCGAUUGGAGUCCACCGGCUACAAGAACGUCCCAGCCACUUCAUCCUACCUCAUUGCCGCAUUUGCAUUUGGGCUGAUAAUCUCAUCGAUCCCUGUUGGUAUUUUCGGCGAAAUUGUCCGAUCCAGAAAGGCCCCCCUUUUGGCAUGUUUGACAUUUCUAGCUGCCAGUUUGAUCAUGUUCUGGCUUUCAUCAUCAUUUGCAGUCCUCAUGAUUGCAAGAAUUAUUCAAGGUUUCAGUGGAACUGCCAUUUGGACCCUUGGACUGGCUCUGAUUUGUGAUGUGGUACCAGAAGCACGAAUUGGUGUUAUCAUGGGAUAUGUCAUGAUUGGCUGGUCGAUAGGAACUGUAGGUGGACCGUUAGCUGGUGGUUUAUUAUACGAUUCAUUGGGCUACAACUCGAUCUUCGUCUUCGCACUUAUCAUAACUGCCAUCGACUUCUUCCUCAGAAGCUUGGUCCAAGACAAGAAAUGUAUCCAAAACAACCAAGCUGCCGCAGCAAUCAAUGUUGAACUCAGUGACAAAGAAGUUAAAUCGACUGCCGAAUCUUCAGAUGGAUCCAAGCCACCUUCAGCAGCUCGUGCCUUACUCUCCUUGUUGACGAACUCGCGAUUCUGGACUCUUUGCGCGAUUACUCUUGUGCUGGGAUUCUCAUUCGGUGGUCUACUGGACACUGGAAUGACCAUGCUUGUCAAAGAGCGAUACGGAUUGAGCUCAAGAGGCGCCGCCCUGAUCUUUAUUGCUGCCGUCGUACCAUCGUUCAUUUCCAGUCCAAUGGCUGGACACUAUGCCGAUAAAUACGGAGCAAAGUGGCCCAUCGUCAUCUGCCUCAUCCUUGGUACUCCAUUCUUUGGUUUACUUAGCAUGAACACCAGUCUCGCUGCUUUGAUCACCUUUAUCGCAUUCACUGGUAUCUUUAUCAUGGGGAUUGCUGCACCAAUCAUGCAAGAUCUAGCAGAAGUCGUGAAGGCCACGCCUGGAUUAGGCUUCGCUCACGUCUACGGUAUUUUCAACAUGGUAUAUUCAACCGGUGCCAUGGUUGGACCAUUGGUCGUUGGAGGACUUUUGGGACGCAUGGGCAUCCAACAUGGAUGGCAAAUCGUCAGCUUAGUUAUCACUGGUCUAUGCGCCGCUUGCAUUAUCCCAGCGUGGCUGUUCCUCGGUGGAAAGAAGAACACACCUUCCCAGGCUUCAAUCCCUACUUCUGACUCAAAACUCGACUCUCCUGUCUAAAGCUUUAGACUAGUGAGGUAGGAUUCCUCUCAAAUUUCGGAUUCCCAGUCGAAACAAGAUCCGGUAAAACGCGUACCAUGUCCAAUCGGUCAGGAAAGGCUUCCGCUGCCAUACUGAUUGAUUGUCAGAGUUGACCAUGAAUAAUCAAAC